UCUGAUUCUCCCCUCCGUCUCGGCCCCGACAGCCCCGCUCAAUGCGGCAGUAGACACGGUACCGCCACACUCGCGCCCAUAAGAGCGCACCCGCCAGCGACCCCGCCACUUGCCCGCCGCAAUGUCGAAUGCAGUACCUUUCCCCUCCAACACCCGUGUGAUGUCCUUCUCCGGCCUCAGUGAAGAUGUCCUCCAUCAAGUCCUCAGUCAGCUACCAGACCCCAAGACGUUUGCCGCCACAAUUCGUGCCUCAAAACAACUUUGGAACAUCCGCUGCGCCCAUCCCAAGUCCAUCGCGAGGAGCGUUGCGGAAAACACAUGUGGCCAUCCGGAGGUGUUACCUGCUGCGUUGAGGCUCGUGCGGAAGGUAAUCAAGGGGGACGACGCAGACGAUGAAACUGAGCCCGAAGAUGAAGUUGAGAACGGCAUCGUGAUUCCUCAGGAACCCCCAGAAACGGAGAUACUAGAUAUACCAAUCACUCGCGAGGAAGCGGACUUGCUGGAUAACUACGGCCAGGUGGUCCGUCUGUUGCAAGACGUAUACAGUUGGAGGCAUAAGGAUCGCACGUCCGCGACAUCUCAGCUUACGCCUGCUGAAGCGUUGCACUUCAAGCGCGGCAUGUAUCGCUUCUGGCUAUAUUGCGAAUGUUAUAGCCCUCCGGAGUACUAUGCCGAGGUCAAUUCGGACGCUCGUGAAGCAGCGCGAGAGCGGGCUGCAGAUGAAUUCCUGCGACUGCUGCCCGCCGAACAUUUGUUCGAAAUGGCUGCUGCGGCUGCCUUCUGCGCCGAGAUGUACGAAUGGAACCACACCGCCUGGAACUCGACAGAUCUCAGCCAUUUGCCAGCGAGCCUCGCCCGGGGUCGUUCAUGCCUGGGCCCUCGGUUGAUAUGGGAAGAUUUUGAGAAUUUGGGCUGCGAUCAGCCUGAGAAUGCUGAUAACUCGGGUUUCUUCUGGACAUCUUUUGAACGGGCUGUAACGCACCUGCAGCUUGGCCAGCAAACUCGAGAUGACAGGCUCGCCCACGCGAUUGUUAAGGAAGUUGUGGGGACAAAUGACAGCUGCGACCGCUGUCACGCAGUGCGUGGAACUGAUCUCUGGGGAUCGACCGAUUGGCCCCUCCUUCGCGGAUUCAUCUCACUCAUCGACUUUACCACGUUCCUCCCCGGACGCCUCCCGAAAAAUACUACCGAGACGAGACCGCUUCUCAAUCGUCUCGGCUCUGAGUUCUGGGUGACUGGCGUACCGCGUGCGAAGGCGGACGAGCUUAUCACGAGCGUCAUGGAAGAGAUCAUUGAUAUGGAGGUGGACGGCGGGGGGAUAUGGACGAGGGACGGGUGGUACUGUCUCGAGUGCGUGCAUGAAUUGCUGAAAGAGAGGCUAUGGAGGUGGUGGUACGCGAAGAAGAGGGAUGAUGGGACACCUGAGAUGCCCAGUUGCUGGUAUGGUUACAAUUGUCGGACGAUGAUACAUAGGCAGGCGCACGCUGCAAAGCUGAACCAUCUUUGCGUACCGACUCGUGGCGACCCUUGAUCGCUGCAUUUGCAAGCACAAUGAAGCAGACGCGGUUAUUUUUGUGUCAUUUCUUCGAGACUGGCUUUUGAAAUGGACACAACUGUACUCAACUAUGUAUUUGUAUCUACUCCACCAUAGUAAGCGCUACCUCAGUGCUUGUACACAGUACAUCGUCGAAGUUGCUUUUUCCGUUACUGUGUCAAUUUCCAUGGCUUUCACUCACUCAAUGCCACAUGUGACUGGCAGGCGUCCAUGGCUCGAGUAUCCUAGGUCCCAGUGUUCGUACAUUUCGCCAGUACCUGGUAUUUCUCGGUAGGUUCUUCGCGCGAGCCGUGCCAGUGCCAC